GCUGCGGGAUUUGCGCGGAUAGUCGCGGGACUCGGCGUUACUCGGGUCAGACGCGGAAGUGUCCGGAUUAAAGGGGAAGUUCCAGCGAGUCUCACACCCUGAGUAUCAGCGGCUUCUCUUGUCGGAUUAUAAACGGGGCCCGGCUGUGCUGAAGAUUCCCAGUGACAUUUACUCCUGGACUUUCCCUGUACUGGAAAUUUUACUUCUCACCUGCCCCCCCCCCAGCAUGUGUCCGACAGGAAUGUGGAUCUUCCUGGGAGUAAUUUACUACCUGCAACAAGGUUUAGCGACGGCGCUGCAGGUGAUCAUGGAAAAAGAGAACAUUCAGGUAGCGAGGGGUCAGUCGGCGGCUCUUUUCUGCUCCUUUACCACGAGCGCAGCCCUCACCAACCUCAACAUCAUCUGGACGGUGACUCCGCUCUCCAACGCCAACCAACCUGAGCAGAUUAUUAUCUAUCAGGGAGGACAAGUAUUUACUAACGCUGCCCAGUUCCAUGGGCGAGUGGGGUUUAUGCACACCAUGCCAAACACCAAUGCCUCCAUCUACAUCAACAACACCCAGUUGUCUGAUACAGGAACCUACCAGUGCAUGGUCAAUAACCUUCCGGACAGGGCAAUCCGGAAUAUUGGCGUUGUUGGAUUUACUGUUUUAGUGCCUCCUUCGGACCCACGUUGCAGCAUUCAGGGUUCCCUGGAUAUCGGCAGUGACAUCACAUUGGCGUGCAGCUCAGAGGAAGGAAUCCCCCGACCCACGUACCUCUGGGAGAAACUUGACAACACCCAUGGCCUCCCAGCUUUAGUAGCGCAAGACCAAUUUCAAGGGACGGUUUUGCUGAAAAACAUAAGCACUGCAUCGUCUGGGCGGUACCAGUGUGUGUCAUCCAAUCUGAUGGGGGCAAGCACUUGUCUCAUUGACCUGCAGAUUGUGGCACCUAAGCACCAAAGUGUGAGCCUCAUUGCUGGGGCAAUAGCUGCAGGAGUACUGGUUCUAAUCCUCUGUAUAGUCGUCAUGGCUGUGGGCUUAUUCUACUGGAGGAACAAGCACAAGGAGGAGGAGGAAGAGAUACCCAAUGAAAUUAGAGAGGACGAUCUCCCUCCAAAGUGCUCAUCAACUACCAAAGUCUAUCACCCUGAUGCCUCCUUUUCUGAGCAGGACACCCUCACCUCUACCAAUACUUACAAUGGGAACUACUGGAACAGCACUAAGUCCAAUUACUCCACUGGCUCUUACGUUCAUUACAACUGCAACGGCUGCCGUCAGUCAACUUCUCGCUCGGUCACUGGCCCAAUUCGGUUAGCGUACGCUAAUGGUGGACAACCACCCCCUGGUCCCCCAAAGACAUUGGUGGUGACAGCAAACACUGCCCCUUCUCCCAAGACUGGAUCUAGGAGCAACGGCACAGUAGGCAGAAAAGCCAAGCCGUCCCAAACUAGGUCUUACGCAGUGAGCCAGGCCACACUGGAGAGAAUAGGCGGCGUGCCAGUGAUGGUUCCAGCACAAAGCAGAGCCGGCUCCUUGGUAUAGGAGGGUGUGGAACAUUCUCUAGUGAUGAAGAGAGCAUGGUUAGCAUGUGGGAUGUUAGAAACCAUCCUUGCUCUUCUGUCUUUUCAUCCAGAUGGUUAGUUAUAAGUGCUGGAAUGGACCAGUCUUUUGCUCACCAGAGAGAUGACAAAAAAUCCCUGGGACAUGGAUUAACCAGGGGAAUGUGGACUGUUUUGCAGAGAUUAGAAUUCAUCCUUGCAGUGCCAAGCACAGCCAUAAGGGCUUCCAGUGCAGAAUAGCUUAUGUGCCUCCCUUGCUCCUUCCCAAGUCAACACACACUGACUCAUUAUUGGCUUUACUUUUGUACCACCUGCCUUGAUUAGAAAUAUACUUGUUUUCUUGGUAGAUAAUGAUGGUGCUAUGGAGUCCCCACUGAACACCAGCUAGCAUUAUCUCAAUUGUGUUCCUUUAUGACCAUAAGGACAUGGUCAGCCCCCUUUUUCUCACUCCAGCACUUUAGUAAGAUCCAUCUAGAGCACCAGUCAGCAUUUGUUGGGAAAAACCAUAGCCAGGCAGGUUCCUAUUUCGGAAGAAUUUGUGGACCAUGAGCAGAACUGAACUAAUUAGAAACAACAACACUAUUCAGUGAUGUAUACGCUUUAGAGAAUGUCCAAACCCCCUUGGGAGUCAGAGUUUGGGAGGGGGCUUGAGGCCUUGGAGACCUCUCUCCAGCACCCAACACAUUUAAUGCUGGUAUCCUGUGCAUAGAUUAUGUGCAGUGAAACUCAGCAGUGCACUUCUUUUCCUAUAGUCUUUGAUUCAACAAGUGGCAAUCUGUAACCGUCAGGAAUUCUACAAUCCAACUAUAGACACACCUCUUUAUUCGUCAACUUGUGUUCAUUUCUAUGUCAUGGGGCACAUUUAUCAAAUAAGAAAGAUACAAUUAGUACAAAAAUUGUCCAGAUGCUGUUUCAAAAUUCAGUGGUUAAUAUUUUUUUUUAGAGGUUUUUGAGGAUAAUUCUCAAUUUUUCUUUGAUAAAUGUGCCCCUUCUCCCUGUAAGGUUUUGUUACAGUGUUAUUUUUAGUUAAUUGGUGUCAUCCACUUGUCCCAGUUGAGGAUGAUGGAGCUAUAAUCCUUGAUUUAAAUUGCCUUGAUGCCCCCUACCCUUCCCAUAUUGAAAUCAAACACUGGAAAACUCCUAUUUACAAGCAAUGUGGCCUUGGUUCAAUUUCCCUAACAAGUUUGGUGAUGCAAUAAAUCAUGCAUUAAGUAAAAAAUAUUUUUUCAAUGGGAACUUGCUCAAGCUAAAACAAAAGAAUAUUUUCUAUUGGUAAAUACUCAGAAGGACUAUGCAUUUCCUUUUCUAAAAAGCCAUACUAACGGGAUUGCUGGCAGGUCUGUCUUCAUAUCUAGCUCCAUAGAAUUCACGUUUGUGAGGACUGAGAUCUUUGGAUGAAGACCAUCAAUGUUCUGCUACAAUAUUCUUCAAACAGGUGGCAUUGAAUUUGACGGGCUGUCAACAUCCUUUCAGUCAUUUUACCAAACAUUCUUGAAAUAGUUUCCAUUAGAAAUGGUUUGAUGAUGCCAUAACAUUGGUGAAAAUCUAAACAAAUGUCCUUAUUACUGUUUUCAUCAGUUCCUUCAUAUUAGAAGAGCCAUUGUCCAUACAAUGGCUGUCAAUCUUAAAUAAGAUAAAAUAAAUAUCUCCAUGUCAUCCCUGAACCUGAUUUACAGGUAAUUACACUUUUCCCCCGAAACCAGAGAAACAUUGGGGCUUGGUCAAGCCCACUGUGCCGCCAGUAAUGACUCUUCUUUAGAUACUGAAGAAGGGAGUCAAACCUGGAAGUUCAGGCUGAUGUUCCUCUAAAACAAAUAGCCAAGGAUGAUGGAUAUUACUUUUUUAAUUAUGUUACUUUAGUCAUACUACUUAUUUAAGGCAGACAUUUCCAAACUGUGAUGGAUAAGAGGCUAAACAUCCCUUAUAUUGAAAUUUGAAGUUGAAUGCUUGUUUUCCAUCAAGCUCUAAACUCUGAAGGCUAAAGGGUUCAAACAGUGGAUGGGCCCAUCCCUUAUUUUUGACAUUUGAAGGUGAAUGCUUGCUGGCAUGCAUGCUACAAGAACUAUAGCAGAACUGGGGUGAAGGUUAAAAAUGAAGGUGGUUCUUACCAAGUGGUGGAUACCAAAGGGAUACUUGAACCUAAAAGCUUUGAAGACCUCUGCCUUAAAGUAAGUAUAGGCAAGUCAACAACAUCUCAUGCAGGUAUUAUUUAUAGCUGUGGUCUUGUGACCUGGAUUUGGACUAAAGUAUUUUUAACACUCAAAAACAGGCUUUUUUUAGGCAACUUACUACAUCUUCCCAACACAAUAACAUCUUCCUGCCGGUAGAUCUGUAGCAGACCUUCUCUCUCGCAAGCCUCAGAGACCUGCGCUGCUUAACUUUUUUGUAACCGUUGUUCCAUAAGUCCACUUGAGCACUCAGGGUUAUGGAUGUCUGUGCUUUUCGACACAGAGCUAGAACAUAUUAAUUAAUCACUGAAUACUUAGUUCUUACUAACUAGACUCUUAGCAGAUCAUUUAAGGAGUAAAUUUAAGCUAAUGGUCCUUAUUGCUUUAUAGAUGGGUCUAAAAAAAGACUACUUUAUAUAUAAUUAGACAUAUAAAAGGACAGAUGGACUUGGCUAUAUUGAUGCAUUUGGUGCCAGAUGCUUCAGUUAAUCCCAUUCCAUCUGUAGGUGGGGCUGUCCCCAGAACAUCAUGGCGAAAAGCAAUGCAUUAAUAAUUGGCAAUGAAUAAAGUGUAUUGAGAGACUGUACCAUUCCCCCUUCUUGCAUUUUGCCUUCCCCCUAGAAAAUAUGCAUUUUGGUUAUGUAGAAGAAUGUCUGAAUAAUACCAGAGGUGCAUAUUACUGUCUCUUGUAAUGACUUGAAUACUGAAGCUAAUUAUUUGCAGCAAGGCUUUUGCCAGCAUUCACAAUUAAAAUAUAAAGCCACCCGUGGGGUGGAGCGCUUCCGCGGAUAUGACUUUGCAUGGUAGCAUACAAUUAAAUGAAUGGAUACAUCUAUUGUUAUGGGGAAAAUGGGUUUAGACUUAUUUUGUUUACUAAUGAUUUUUGAGGUCCCACAACUGGAUUUGUUGCACUGAUCCCUCUUGCAGGACACAGAGACCACCAUGUAUUGAGCCUAAGAUCAUUUUUCUGCUCAAGCAGUGGUUAUUUACUUGAGAUAGACAUGACUAUAGUUUUGAGGGGCCUCAGGCUAAAAGUAGUUUUAACAGUCUAGGGACCACCCGGCUCAUCUUAAAGUAAAAUAUCCAACAGAUUUUGGCUUCUAAAAUACCUGAAGGGCUUGGUGAUAGGGCAAAACUGAUAUGUGUUUCUGUUGCUUUCUUGCAACACAAAGUCUAGUCUUACUGUUGCAUUUGACCCAAGCCUCAACUCAUUCUCAUUGCCAUUCUGACCUACCAUCUCAAUUUUGUCCACAUUUUUCUUUUAAUAAUGUUGCCAACUUGCCUUAACUUUUUCACCUAGCCCUUCUUUUGCUGUAUUGCUCUGUUAUACGUCACCCAUUCUACCAACAACGUCUCCUCUGCAGGCCUCCAUUGUAUCUGUGGCUUGAGGCAGCGACCCCUCAUUGUACCCCAUAAAGAUAGCUCCAACUUGAGAGUUUCAGGGAUUUGUUCUGCUCUCAGAGGAACUGAAAUAUGUGUGAUCCUUUAAGAUGACUCACCAUUCUCCAACAGGUCCCCAAACUGUGUGGCGUGACCCUUCUUCUGUGCUCUCAAGCCGACAGUGAGUUGCCUAGUCUGAAGGUCACACAGAAUAAGAUUUGAUAUACAUGUCUAUUGGCUCUCCUGGAUAUUUCUAGAACACUGUUGCGGAAUAUAUUUGUUGCCCAGAAAUAGAUUUAAUUGCUAUUGUAAUUAUGGUGACUUUUCUUUUUUUUACCUCCGAUCAUAAGUUUGGCCAUCCAGAACGGUCCUCAGUGGCUCAGCCUGAAGGUCAAAUAGGUAAGAUUUGGGGUGAGUGGUUAUUUGUGCCCUGGGUACCCCUGGAACUAUAGCA